UCCCUAAAUGGGAACUAUAGCCUCAUCAUCCCUUUUUCAAUGAGAUGGAGAAGUCACCCACCAUGCCAAUGUUUCAACUUUGCCCAUCCCUGGUUAUCUUAUUGAAUAAAUAACCUCCACACCCCUCUCUCGGUUCUGUUGGUUGCUACCUAAUGAUGGAAGGCCGCCUGCUACUCCGGCUGUCGUUCCUCCUCCUCCUGGUAGGAGGGGCCAUGGCACUCUUGCUUCUUCUCAUGCACUCUGGGACCCAAGAGGACCAACUCCUUGCUGCUGCUUCUUCUGUUAUUGGAAACCACACUCUCAGAAAACAACAGAAGAAGAGUGUUCUCAGGGAGCCCCGGAGGGGUAGGGACAUGUUCUUUGAGCAAGUCGACCACCAGAAGGAGGUUCCCCAUCAUCCCCUCGAUCCCCUCACUAUCCAAGAAUUCAGUAAGGUAAAAAGAAUACUAUCCAACUACAACCCUGAUACCUCCUCAUCCAUCCACUCCUUGGUCCUUGAGGAACCCGAAAAAGGGGAGGUGUUGGCAUGGAACAAAGGGAAGAACCCCCUUCCCACCCGCAAAGCCUCUGUGGUGACCCUGGUGGGUGGGAGGUCUCACCAGCUCUCCAUAGACCUGAGCUCGGGCCACGUGGUCCAGGACAAGGUAAGCACCACCUCUGGUUAUCCCCCCAUGACCAUCGAGGACAUGACUGCUGCCACUGCCAUCCCUCUGGCAGAUGCUGAGUUCAACAGGACUAUCAGAAGUCGGGGGGUGGAGCUGGCAGACCUUGCCUGCUUGCCACUCACCGGCGGAUGGUACGGGGGGCCGGAGGAGGAUGGUAGAAGGUUGGUCAAGGUGCAGUGCUACUCAAUGGAGGGCACCGCCAAUUUCUACAUGAGACCCAUAGAGGGCCUUACGGUGUUGGUUGAUUUGGACACCAAGAAGGUGGUGAAGAUAUCUGAUGUGGGGAGAGGCAUUCCAGUGCCCAAGGCAGGAGGUACCGACUAUCGAUAUGAAUCACAGAAGAAAAAUCAACACCACAAGGCUGGGGGGCAACGCCUUUUAAACCCCAUCUCCAUGGAGCAGCACAAAGGCCCGAGUUUCAAGGUGGUGGAGGGGCACCAGGUCAGGUGGGGGAGCUGGGACUUCCACCUCAAGGCUGAUCCACGUGCAGGUGUGAUCAUAUCCCAGGCUUCCUUCCGCGACCCGGUAUCAGGGGAGCCACGGAGUGUGCUGUACAAAGGGUCUGUGUCUGAGCUGUUCGUUCCCUACAUGGAUCCCUCCGAUGCUUGGUAUUUCAAGACGUAUAUGGAUGCUGGAGAAUACGGAUUCGGCCUGCUGGCCAUGCCUCUGGACCCUCUCAAUGACUGCCCUCGCAACUCCUAUUACAUGGAUGGUGUCUUCGCCAGCUCCGAUGGAACCCCCUAUGUGCGUGCCAACAUGAUAUGCAUAUUUGAAAGCUAUGGGGGCGACAUAGCAUGGAGACACACCGAGUGUCCCAUUACUGGUAUGCAGAUCCGAGAGGUGAGGCCAAAGGUGACCCUGGUGGUGCGUAUGGCUGCCUCAGUUGCAAACUAUGAUUAUAUCGUGGACUGGGAGUUUCAGACUGAUGGGCUCAUCCGUGGAAAGGUAGGACUGAGCGGGAUUUUGAUGAUUAAAGGUAGCUCUCACGAGAGCGUCCCCAUGAGCCGAGGAGGAGGAAAUGAAGAAGAGGACUUGCACGGGACUCUGUUAUCUGAGAAUGUAAUUGGUGUGAUCCAUGACCAUUUCAUCACCUUCUACCUUGACAUGGACGUGGAUGGCUCCAACAACUCAUUUGUGAAGGUGGAGCUCGUGAAGCAGGCGACAGAAGCCGGAGAGUCCCCUCGCAAGAGCUACCUCAAGGCUCGCAGGAGUGUUGCUAAAACAGAAAAGGAUGCCCAAAUCAAGCUCGGCCUUUAUCAACCAUCCGAGUUCCACCUCGUCAAUCCCACCAAGAAGACCAGGGUUGGAAAUCCCGUUGGCUAUAAAGUGGUGCCUGCUGCUACAGCAGCCAGCCUGCUGGACCAUGAGGAUCCUCCGCAGAUGAGAGGUUCAUUCACGAACAACCAAAUAUGGGUUACUCCAUACAACAAGAGCGAGGAAUGGGCUGGUGGCCUGCUUGUCUAUCAAAGCCAUGGGGAUGAUACCCUGGCGGUCUGGUCAGAAAGGAACAGGGAGAUCGAGAACAGGGACAUUGUUCUAUGGUAUACGCUGGGUUUCCACCACAUACCAUGCCAAGAGGAUUUCCCCAUCAUGCCUACUGUCAGUGCAAGUUUUGAUCUGAAGCCCGUCAACUUUUUCGAAGCCAAUCCUAUCCUUGGGAUGCCCCCCAACUUUGAGAUGGACCUUCCUGUUUGUGCUGCAGCUUCUUCCUCUGCUUAUGGAAGUUGAAGACAGUCCCGCUUGUGUUGUGCCUUUUCUCCUUUGCAUAAAAUAAAGGGUGCAUGUAGAUGCAUGGGUGCUCCCAUAUGUGAAGCAGCUGUAUAUAUAGAUGAUGAUGGUAAAAUAUGUCCCUGAAAAAUUUGACCCACUCCCACCUUUGUCAUUAAUUAGUAGCAAAUAUAGCUAAUAAGUUUUUUUAGUGA